UGAUAGAUAGUCUUUUAAUUAGCUUGUAUUCAUUUCUCCGCCACUGAACUGGAACAACGUCAUCUUCUUCUUCUCCUUCUUCUUCAUUGGCCACACUAAUAAUGGCUACUCCUCAUCAAUCCAAUCCAAUAUGGUUGCUGAUCUUGUUCUGCUGUUACUACUUCAUUUUGUCUGAAAAAGUUGAGGUGGUGGAGGCCACUAGAAGGAACUUCUUUAAUCCACAAUCUUCAGAUUCCACAAUAGUCAGCAGUGUCUACAGAACUUCAUACCACUUCCAACCCCCUCACAACUGGAUCAAUGAUCCCAACGGACCAAUGUAUUACAAAGGGAUAUACCACUUGUUUUACCAGUAUAAUCCAAAGGCAGCAGUGUGGGGGAAUAUUACAUGGGGUCACUCUGUAUCUACAGACAUGAUAAACUGGAUACCGUUAGAUAUUGCUCUAAACCCAACAAAGCCAUUUGACAUUGAUGGCUGCUGGUCAGGGUCUGCCACCAUUCUUCCAAGCUUGAACAAGCCUGUGAUUCUCUACACUGGUAGCAACCAAGAAAAGCAUCAAGCCCAAAACAUUGCCUUUCCCAAGAAUCUCUCUGAUCCUUACCUUAUAGAAUGGAUUAAACCUGAUGAAUACAACCCUGUCAUGUCUGCCACUGGUGACAUAAACCCAGCCCAGUUCAGAGACCCAACAACAGGGUGGAUGGGUAGUGAUGGGUACUGGAGAGUGGCUUUGGGUGCAGAGAUUGGUGGUGUGGGAAUGGCUCUGUUGUAUAAAAGCAAAGACUUUGUUAGGUGGGAGAGGGCUGACAAGCCAUUGCACUCUCCCAGAGGCUCUGGGAUGUGGGAAUGCCCAGACUUCUAUCCUGUUGCAUUGGAGGGAAAGAGAGGAAUGGAGACAUCUUUGAACAGUGAAGAUGUGAAACAUGUGUUGAAGAUGAGUCUAGGGGAAACUCAUUCUGAUCAUUAUUUGUUGGGGAGGUAUGAUGAGGAGAAGGAUAUGUUCAUUCAGGAUAAUGAGGAAAAGGAGAAGAAUUACAGGUUUUGGAGGAGGUAUGAUUAUGGGAACUUUUAUGCUUCCAAGAGUUUCUUUGAUGCAGGGAAAGAGAGGAGGAUUUUAUGGGGUUGGUCCAAUGAGUCUGAUAGUAAACCUGAUGAUAUUGCCAAGGGAUGGGCAGGCAUUCAGACAAUACCAAGAAUGGUUUGGUUAGAUGAGAAUGGAAAGCAGCUUGUGCAAUGGCCAAUUAAGGAGCUUGAAUCUCUCAGAAGGAAAAGAGUUCACUUUCAUGACAUAGAGCUCAAAGCUGGAGGUUUGCUGAACAUCAAAGGAGUUAAAGCUUCACAGAUGGAUGUUGAUGUUGAGUUUGAAUUGCCAAGCUUGGAAAAAGCUGGACCAUUUGAUAGUUUAUUGGCACUAGACCCUCAAGUUCUCUGUGAGAAAGGGAAUUUCUCCACUCAAAGUGGAAUAGGACCAUUUGGUUUGCUGGUUAUGACAUCCCUGAACAAAGAUGAGCUCACAGCCAUCUACUUCAAGAUCUUCGAAGCUUAUGAUAGACAUGUUGUUCUAAUGUGCUCUGAUCAAAGAAGGUCCUCUUUAAGACCAGAACUAUACCUCCCAGUUUAUGGUGGUUUUGUGGACAUAGACAUAGAGAAGGAAAGGAGAAUCUCUCUAAGAACUCUGGUUGAUCAUUCAGUUGUGGAGAGCUUUGGAGGAGAGGGUAGGACAUGCAUGACAGCCAGAGUUUAUCCUGCUUUUCUGGUCACAAGCAAAGCUUAUCUGCAUGCAUUCAAUAAUGGAUCAGAAACAAUCCGCAUUUUGCAUCUUAAUGCAUGGAACAUGGCAAAACCUAGCAUUAAUGUUGCACAAGAUCAGUUCCUUAUAUGACAUUUGUGGCUUUUCAUUAUUUUAGAAAAAAUAAAACAGUACUCCAAUUACUCAUCAA